UCCAUUUUGUUGCAAUUCAGACGGAGUCGGGAGAUAGAGAAGUGGCGUCAUAGGGCUACUUUUAACACCACACAACAGCUAACUAAUCUUCAAGGGUGACAGAUGUGUAGGAAAUAUAGCUUGCUGUGCUUCCUUACGUAGUCCACCGAGGGGUCGUAAAGGCUAAUCGCAUAUUUUCCCGGACGAAGGGCUUUUUAACACCCAAGCCUGAGGAAGUCGAGGUUUUCGGCUUCUUGGAUCAUCGUGUGCCGAGGUGAAUUGAUGUUCAGCUCGGCUCAACGGGAAAACUACGCUCAUUGGCACAUGAAAGCUUCAGACCUUGCUGGACACAGAAGUACAGCGAGAAGUAGACAGAAAACUACUUCGAGGAACUGGGACCCGAUUGGAGGUGAAAUAUUGAGGAGAGACUUCAUCAACUUUCUGACAACAAAGAGGUGACACGUAGUGCAGACGCAUUAUGGGAGGUGGAGAGAGAUACAACAUUCCAGUUUCCCACCAUGAGCGCCCGCUUCCCAAGAAGAACCAUCAACUUGGCCGCGCUAAGCAGAGAAGCCGUGACCAGAACGGAGCACCAACUUCUGCAGGCGGGGCAGGUGGCCUUCAUCAUCAUGGCCACCGCCGGAGCGACAAAGGCGCAACAUACCACAGGUCUCCAGAGGCGCGGCAGGCCGCGUCUGCAGAGAAGAAUGCUUCUGAUCGCUUUGCCACCAACUAUGAUCACAACUGGGAGGGUGCAGUGUCUCACCUGAACACGCUCCUGGCCACACAGGGAAGUCCGAGCUAUGCAGGGCCUAAGUUCAGCGAGCCACCCUUGCCUAGUGUGUUGCCCAAACCCCCCAGCCACUGGGUGUCCUUCCCAAUGGGCUCCUGUGACAACAGGGAGAUGAUGGCCUUCCAGCUCAAGAGUCUCCUCAAAGUGCAGGCCUGAGAGGCAUACCCACACUUAAAAGAAAAGCCAAUGUAAGAACUGGGACUCUUUGAGGGCACCCACCCACCAGGAACACCUCAGUGCUGUAAUCCUUUUUUAGCUGUUUUUAGAUUGAACUCUGUGUUAGGAGGCAUUUGCAGUAAUGCAAAAUGUUUAUUCAACACUAUUUUUAGACUAAUAUUUUGAGAUUACAGCCUUGGAGCCUUGCUGGUCGGUAAUGCCUUUAGUGGAGUCAGUUUCUGUGACUAAUGACAAACUGGAUAUCCUUUCUACUUCUGUUUUGUUCUUUUUAAUGUUGGCUGUCAAAGCAGUUUGAGUGUGCUUUUUUCCCUCCCAAACAAGGGUUAUAGUAUAGGUCAGGUAAAUUCCCAUCACUUUUACAGUCCAUUUCUGUGGACAGACAUGCUUUUUUAUUUUUAGUUUCAUGAUAAGCCUUUAUGGUCGCCUCCUUAAAGCUUAAGGUGCUAAAGCAAACUCACAUUUGUAGCAAUUGUUUUUUGACUAGGACCCACCUUUUCUUGUAUGGAUCACAAUCCUUGUUUGGGAUGAAAAAGACACUCGACUGCAAUUCUGCAGGGAAAAAAAGCUAUCUGACUGGAGGUAAUACGGUGUACAGUACAGGUCAAAGUAUAACCUCAAACCGAAGGGUAAAAAGAGACCAUGGCACACAGGCCUUGGACGGUUGACUCCUGUACUUCUUUUUUAUUUCUUUUUUUUUUUUUAUUGCGCUGUGCGCACAUGCACUAUAGGAGUUGAGCUUGUCUGAGGCCCAUAACGCUCUAUCAUAGCAUUAUUUUGUACAAGUCCUUUAUUAUUGUGGUUGAAAGAUGUAUGAAGUGCUGUGUGUAACCAAAGCAAUGUUUUUGCUGUAUUUUUUUUUUUUUCCUUCUCUGUUUUGGACAUCGUGUGUGGUCGGCAUUAUUGCCAUUGCCACUUUACCUUGCCAGCCCGAGUGGUGAAUGGUCAGGGUCCCCAAAGUCACUUCUAACUGUUCAUCGUUCAAUCAGUGCUGUUAUUGCUCCCCAGUCUCAGCUUUUUCAGGACAAUGCUGCAGCUUUAACACGCGGAAGAGGGCCAGGCUUAGCUGUGUGACUGUUAAGUUCCACUUUCUCUCUGUCAUGGUCCUGUUGUUGGCUGCACGCAUUUGUAAGCAAGGUAAGGCAGAGCUGAGGGAGGUUUCUGAAGCGAAGUGACCCCAGGGACUCAACAUGAGGCAUGAGGCUGGUGUUAUGUUUACAAAAUAGGUCUCAGUGGUUGACCAUCCCAUAACUCUAUGCCUCUUGCCUCUGCCUCUUGUUUACCCUCUUGCACUGCAAUCAGACUAGUGUUAAUAAGUUACAGGCCAGGAUGCUAUUGAAAUGAUGGAAGCGUAAUUGACUAUCUCCCUAUGGAUUCUCUAUUUUUGUGAUUCAAUCCUCUGAGGCUCUUUUUGCUUUCCCCUUGCAGAAUUGGUGUGGUUUUUGGCCAGCUUAAAGAUGACAAAACAAAGUAUGAGAGCUUGUUGGUGUUCAAGAGCCAUGUAAAUAAUGAAAUGUAAAAAAAAGUACUUGUAGCAUAUGUACAUUUGCAGGCCGAGUUUGAGGCCUGUCUGACAAAAGUAUUUUUAGUAAAUAACACUGAAUGUAUAAGACAUGCUAAGGCCAUGUCUUGACUUCAAUGUCUUGACUUCAAUACUGAAGAAUAUUUUUGUUAAAAAAAAUGCCUAUUGCAUUUCUCAGAACCCCCUGCACUGUAAUCUUUCCAGAGAUCUUGCACAUGUUUUUUAUUGUUUUGUAUUAUGCAGUGUAGGGUGAAAUAUGCUACGGGCAAAUUAAGUAAGACUGCAAAAUAUCAAUUGGAUCCUGGAGGAGACUUGCCUAUGUAUGAAUUCGAGUUGUGAAUGUGCUUACGUUAUGUAAGCGUGAUGCUUUUAAUUUUGAGUUGACCUGUUUGUGCCUAAGUUGAAAUCCAUGCUGAAACUGACUAUUUUCAUUAGGUGGCAAUGCUACAAAUUGACCAAUUAUCAUCACACCAUCUUCAAUUCUCAGCUGUUCUUCCGCCAGCUGACAACUGAACUUGGCCCCAUGCUGUUUAGGUUUUAGUUACUAUUUUGUUGUUCAUGUGAAGUUUCUUUCUUGCUCUGAUUGAGUCAUUCAUGGCAGUCUCCUUUAUUCUAAAUUUGAAAUGUGUAAUGAAUUGGCUUUUAAUUUGUCCCCCUGAUAAAUGUCACUGAAGAUGAAAAGAAAAUGCCCUGUUUAAGAUUAGUAACAAUUGGUGUGUAAAAGAAAGCAAUCUGUGAAUUGAUGACAAAUUUGACCAAAAAUAAUAAAUCCCUUUCCCUCCCCCCUA